AUGAGAACUACAUGGUCCACAAUGAGGUUCUGAUUUUUCUUUUUCUAUUCCAAGGGAUGAAAUGAAUUUUUUGAUUCAAAGUUGGCUGUAUUCUAUUAGGUAUGAGAGCACGAACCAAAGACCAACCUUUUAUUCAGGGUAGUAUUGAAAGAACUCCUGGAGCCCUCUAUCCCUGCGCGGGCUCUCCCGCCACGAAGGCCGAUCUCUGGAGAGGGGGGCUGCAGCCGGGAACCCAACAACUCUUCCAAGGAGCUUCAGUCAGGCACCCGUCUGCUCUUCAAGGCUUGACCUGAAAUUCAUCUCAAUAUUAGGUAUGAAAGCCCGAACCAAAGACCAACCUUCUCUCCAGGGUAGUAUUGGAAAAAAAUUGCUGGAGCCCUCCAUCCCUGCACGGGCUCUCCCGCCACGAAGGCCGAUCUCUGGGAGGGGGCUGCAGCCGGGAACCCAACAACUCUUCCAAGGAGCUUUAGUCAGGCACCCGUCUGCUCUUCAAGGCUUGACCUGAAAUUCAUCUCAAUAUUAGGUAUGAAAGCCCGAACCAAAGACCAACCUUCUCUCCAGGGUAGUAUUGGAAAAAUUGCUGGAGCCCUCCAUCCCUGCACGGGCUCUCCCGCCACGAAGGCCGAUCUCUGGGGAGGGGGGCUGCAGCCGGGAACCCAACAACUCUUCCAAGGAGCUUUAGUCAGGCACCCGUCUGCUCUUCAAGGCUUGACCUGA